AUGGCUCAUGAACAAACCGCUUUGCUGGGCGAUCUUGAGCCUCAGAAGUCGAACAAGGUCAAUACUACGAAAAUCUUGGCUGGUUUAGUUGGCGUUUUUCUAGCGAGCGCAGACAAAUCUAUCUUGCUGGCUACUCAAGGCGAGAUUGCUUCGUCGCUACAUGCCCCAUCCAGUGCGCCGCUGCUGCUAGUCUCAUAUAACCUGGGAUUCUGCGUUGCAUUGCCUGUGUAUGGAUUUCUAAGUGAUAUAUAUGGCUGUCGACGGUUCCUACUCUUGGCAUAUGCCUUGUUCGGAGUCGGAUGUUUGAUCUCCGGAUCUGUUCAAACAUUAUGGCCAUUCGUUUUUGGUCGUUUCGUCGCAGGUAUUGGGGGUGCUGGUAUGACGGAUUUGCUCUCGGUCCUCGUUAACGAAAUGUUUUGCAUCACCCAAAUUGCAUCCGUCCGAAGUUUUGUUAUUGCUGCUGGUAUCCUGGGACAGGGCUGUGGAGGACCAUUGGGGGGACUUGUCGCCGACAUGAUCGACUGGAGAUGGUCAUUAAUCGGUCAAGCGCCCAUCGGACUGUUGUGUUUGGCUCUAGCUCACUGGCAACUUCCAGCCUCUGCGAAGCGCAUCCAUUCCAGCUCCAAUAUAAGCUUAUGGAGCUUUGAUUAUUUUGGUCUUGCUACCUUUUUUAUCACUGUCACUUCCUUCAUCCUCGCGACAACCGAUGGAGGCAUUCUUUUCCAGUCCAACACCCCGGUUAUACUAGCUGUGUCGUGUUUGUUUCUCGUGGCCUUCGUUCUAGUCGAAUGUUUUGGGACUAAAAUGCCUAUGAUCCCUCCUUCCGUCGUGUGCGCACCCGGCCUCGGUGGGAUUCUCUUCGGUCAGGUUAUAUUCUUUGCAAGUAUCAGUACGAUCCUGAAUAACCUACCGCCCUAUUUGGCUCAAAUAAAUCAUCUUUCCAACUCGGCGAUUGCCAUGCGAAUCUGGCCCUCGGGUCUUGGCCUCAUCCUUGGUUCUGUGAUUGCUGGAAAAGCCAUGAGCAAGACCAUCCAAUACCAAAAGCUAUCUCUCGUAGCUAUAGCGGGUAGUGUCUUAUCCCAGCUUUUGAUGGUAUUGCGAUGGGCGAAUGGCAUUCAAGGAAUCGAAGUAUAUUAUUGUUUCCCUUGGGCGAUGGGGAGUGGACUGCUGCUUUCCGCCCAAUUUAUUGCUUUGACGAUAUGUGCGCCUGAAGAUCAGAUGGCGAGCGCUACCGCAGUGUAUUAUCUAUCCCAGCAGGUUGGGCAGAUUAUCGGCACGAGCGUCAGCACGGCAGCGCUCCAGGGACUCUUUCGCUUACGACUCGAUAUCGGUUUGGGAGAUAUCCCCUUGCAUGAGAGAACUCAGUUCAUCAAGGAGAUUCUCAAGGACUAUAGUUUUACUGCAAGUCUGCCACCAGCGCUCCAGGCAGCAGUUUCAUCUAGCUACAUCGAAGCGUAUCAGUUAAUUCCAGUACUUGCCAUGACUUUGACCAUUGUCUGUGGGGCUAUCAUUGCGUUUUCUAGGGAGAGAGCAACUAUAAAGUGA